GUGACGGGUUUGACACAAUCAAAUAUUUUUUUCUAAUUUGUUCGGGCGACCGUCGUCACUGCGCUUUAAUCGGUAAUCAAUAUCCACUUCUAAUUUGGUGGAACAAGAUGGCCGUCUUUGUAGGUCGUGAGACGGACGGGCCCCAAGCGAGGAAGAAAUGCGGAAAAGGGUCUCCGUAGGCUCCCAGACCUCCAGCGCGGGCAGGCUCAACUUCGUGGUGGUGAGAGCGGUGCAGGAGGCCUUCAGACAGUUCACCAAGAGUUCCAGCCUUUGUGGCUAUCGCUACCUGACCGAGGGUUCCACCCUGGAAAGAUGUAUAUGGCUGUUGAUCCACUUAACAUCGUUAACUUCUGUGAUAUACCUGAAUUUGUACAUGUGGCAAAUGUUCAUAACGGACCCUACCAUUGUAACGUUGGAGAAGUUUACCCUGCCUAUCAGAGAGGUGCCAUUUCCUGGAAUAUCCAUCUGCAACAUCAACAGAAUAAGCAGGAAAGCGGCUUAUGCAAUGGCGAUGGAAUACGCAAAAAAUUCUCUUCAGAACGUCUCUCUCAUCUUCGAAGACAUCAAAUUUUUGGGAAAGCUUUACGAUUUCAGCUUUUCCGAUCAGGAAGAAGAGGCGAUUAUGAGGUUUCAGAAGUUCCUGGAGGAAUACGAUCCAGACAGACCUUUGGAGGUUCUCAAGGGGGACUUUAACGUGUUGAAGAAGAUGAGCCAGUUACAGUUAGCCGGAGAUUGCGUCGACAUGCUAUCAGACUGCAGAUGGGGCGGCAUCAACAGGCCGUGUGCUGACCUCUUCAUCAACGAGUUGACCAUGGACGGAUUCUGCUGCAUCUUCAACUACUUCAACAAGAACGAUCCAAAUAUAUCCAAAAUUAUGCAGGAGAACAACAACAAAACCCUGCACUCCACAAUGUUCGGACGUAACUUUGGGCUCUCCUUCACUUUAAAUACAAAUCUGAGCGAUUACUUUUACUCCCCAAUAGCCACCAUGGGUUCUAAAAUUCUCAUCACAUCGGCCGAAGAUUUUCCUGAUACCACGUCAGGUAGCUUGAUAGAGAAAUUGGUUCCUGUCGGGGUCGAGGCCAAUCUAGAAUUGACAGCGCAAAGUAUUUACACCGUUUACGAGGCAAAGAAAUAUUCCAUUGAAAAGCGUAACUGUAUCUUCAAACACGAGGUGCGCACCAUCUUUGGUGAUUAUUCCCAGAGUGACUGCAUCAUGGAUUGCAAGAUAAGGAGUGUAGCCGCCCUCUGUGAGUGCGUCUCUUUUAUGCACAUGAAGGCUGCUUUUUCUGGAUUUGGUUAUCAGUGCACCUUAGCCGACUUGGCCUGUCUUAGCAAGUAUGCGGCCAAGUGGAGGCAGAUUUACCCCAGGGACUACAUGGAGGAUGGUCUUGAAAGGGAGAAGCAGGACGCUCUCAAUUGUCGAAACUGCUAUCCGGAAUGCGACACCUCUAGAUAUUUCGUCAACAGUGAGCAAGGCAACAUUGCAGGUUCCAAUCUCAACUACAGUAUUGUCAACAUAUUCUUUGAAACGCCAUACGUAGAGCAGCACAAGCAGGAUGUGGUUUACUAUUGGUUUGAUAUGAUCAGUAUGUUCGGAGGCAUUUGCAGUCUUGUUAUGGGCAUCAGUAUCAUCAGUUGUGUCGAGGUCAUUGUUUUUUUCACUUAUAAGAUAGCAGAGAACAUUUACAAGUUUUCUAGGUAGUUCUUUCAGUUUUCCGCAACUUGUUUCGAUUAUAUUGACUUUGAAUAAACGCAUCUUUUGA